AUGCGAUGGCCCUGGAACGGUGACGGGAGCAAGGAGGGUGCGACAGCGGCCGUGUCGUCGCCGACGUCCAGCUCGUCCGCCUCUGCCGACUUGUCCUCCCCCUCCUCGUCCUCCUCCUUCACAGAACUGCCGCCGGUCAAGCAGCUCGUCUCCUGGACCGAAUCGCUGAAAGAGGCCAACUGGGAGCACUACAAGGACCCCCAGGCCUGGGUGACGCCGACUCUGGCCGUGGGCGCUGCCUUGGGCUUUUCGGCCUUUUACCGCUCUUACCUGCGGCGCAUCCCCAGCACAAACCACAUCCAGCCGCGGUACUUUCGUCGACGCAGCCUGCUGGGCAAAGUGACCAGCGUCGGCGACGGUGACAACUUCCAUCUAUACCACACGCCGGGUGGCUGGCUGGCCGGCUGGGGCUGGCUUCGAAAGGUCCCUUCCUACCGCAAGGACCUGAAGGGCAAGACGAUCUCUGUGAGAAUAGCAGGCGUCGACGCGCCAGAGUGCGCCCACUUUGGCCGCCCAGCACAGCCCUACUCGGGUGAGGCCCUGGACUUUCUCACAUCCUAUCUGCUGGGCCGCCGCGUGCGCGUGUACCUGUUCCGCCAGGACCAGUACGAGCGUGUGGUUGCUCGCGUUGUCGUGCGCCGCUUUCUCUUCUUCCGCAGCGACGUCGGCCUCGCCAUGCUCAAGCGCGGUCUCGCCACAUGCUACGAGGCCAAGACGGGCGUCGAGUUUGGCGGCCGCGAGGCUCAGUACCGCGUGGCCGAGGUGCGCGCCCGGACACGCAAGCGUGGCCUCUGGGCCGGUAGCGCCGGUAAGGGCGGCAUCGAGACGCCACGCGAAUACAAGACGCGGAUGGCGGUACAGGAUGCCGAGAAGGGACACACAACGACAACGGCCCCUACCACAGCAGCACCAAAGCCUGCUCUCCCGGCUCCUGCUGCCACUCCUCCCGCUGCCGUUGCUUCGUCUGCUAAGCCGUCUGCACCAGCCACGGUGAAACCGUCUACGACAGGUGGAACGAGUAGCACAAGCACAUUCUCGGCCGGAACGGCAGCCAAGAUCACGUCGCCCGCUGCCAAACCGCACACUACAGCACCACACGCGUCCUCGUCUUCGUCCUCGACCUCGCCGUCGGCACCGCCGGCAUCCGCAGCUGCAUCAUGGGCCAAGGGCGUCCCUGGGCAGAAGCUAUGA